UGAGAAUUGGUUGAUGCUCUUAUCAAUCGCAGAGAAUCCUCCAUUUCAUCAGUCACAUACAGCAGGAAAUGAACUGCCUGUGGUGUGUCGCCAACUAGCACCGCUCCUUGCCGUCGACCGAGUCUCCGCCCCUGAGCCACACGAACCCCCGAACGCUCUCCGCAUCGAUCAUUUCCCUCCGCGCUUCUGAGGAGCUCGGUCCGUCAUGCUGGCUUGAAGAUGCCUCUCUCGAUAUUCUCCCGGCUUCGUCAGCUGUAUACCCUCGAUACCCUCGAUACCAGAUUAACCGUCCCCGCGACAACUCCGCUGAAGGCGGCCGCUGACACGCGACCUGCGACGGCCAAAGAUGCCCGCGCCCAGGCCAUCGCCAACGGCGCCGAACCGUCGAAAUGGAACACCCUGGAGUUCUACGUCUACUAUUUGGUCUUUCUGGUCGCUGUGCCGUUGAUGUUUAAGGCGGUCAUUGAGGUGUCUCAGGAGAGUCAUCCGAGUUAUUCGGCUUAUGUCGAUCUGCUGUCUCCUGGUUGGGUGCCUGGUCGGAAAGUGGAUAACUCCGACAGCCAGUACUCGACCUUUCGUGACAAUAUACCCUACCUGCUCGUUCUGCUAGUCGCCCAUCCGUUGCUUCGUCGCGUAUAUGAGAAAUUCGUCCAUUCUUCCAGCGCCGAAUCUACUUCGAGACCAAAUGUGGUUGCGGCUGGAGAAGCGCGGCUCAAUCAGCGGAUCCGAUUCGACUUUGGAUUUGCCUUUAUCUUUAUAACCGCCCUCCAUGGCGUGUCUGCGAUCAAAGUACUCGCGAUCCUGUAUAUCAACUAUAAAAUAGCCAAAACGCUGCCUCGGAAAUACAUCCCCGCGGCUACGUGGGUGUUCAACAUCAGCACGCUAUUUGCCAACGAGCUCUGUGGCGGCUAUCCUCUUGAACGCAUCGCUGCUGUACUGGUGGCUCCGGCAGAUGGCACAGGCCAGGAGGCCCAAUUGGUGGCAUGGGGUCGGUAUAUCGAUGGCUUUGGGGGGUUGAUUCCCCGAUGGGAGAUCCUCUUCAACAUCACGGUUCUGCGGUUAAUUAGUUUCAACAUGGACUACUAUUGGAGCCUGGAUUACCCCGCUGCCAGUCCCAUUGAAAAGCAACUCGAUCCCGCAUCACUCUCGGAGCGUGACCGCGUCAGUGUCCCGGCCGAGCCAUCUGCAUUCAACGGCCGCAACUACGUCGCCUACGUCCUCUAUGGCCCAUUAUACCUAGCCGGCCCCAUCCUGACCUUCAACGAUUACAUCUCGCAGCAGCGAUUCGCACCCCCCUCCAUCACCCGAACCCGCACCAUCCUCUACGGCACCCGCUUCUUCCUCACCCUCCUCUCCAUGGAGCUGAUCCUCCACUACACCUACGUCGUGGCCAUCUCCAAAGCCUCCCCGAACUGGUCCCUCUACUCCCCUUUCCAACUGAGCAUGCUCGGCUUCUUCAACCUGCACAUCAUCUGGCUCAAGCUCCUCAUCCCCUGGCGUCUCUUCCGCCUCUGGGCCCUGAUCGACGGCGUCGACCCCCCAGAGAACAUGGUCCGCUGCGUCUCCAACAACUACUCCGCCUUCGCCUUCUGGCGCGGCUGGCACCGCUCCUUCAACCGCUGGAUCGUGCGCUACGUCUACGUGCCCCUCGGCGGCGGCGGUCGCCGCCGCAGCAGCAGCAGCAGCCCCAGUGCCCCAACCACCACCACCGCCAGCAAACCCUCCCCCCUCGCCAUCCGCGCCCGCCAGAUCUUCAACUUCCUCGUCGUCUUCACCUUCGUCGCCCUCUGGCACGACAUCAACCUCCGUCUCCUCAUGUGGGGCUGGCUCAUCACCCUCUUCGUCCUCCCCGAGGUCAUCGGCACGCUUCUCUUCCCUGCCUCGCGCUGGCGUGCCCGCCCGACGGCGUACCGCGUGAUCUGCGCCGUCGGCGCCGUCGGCAAUAUUCUGAUGAUGAUGGUUGCGAAUCUGGUGGGUUUUGCGCUGGGACUGGACGGGCUGAAAGGUCUGUUGGCGGAGAUGUUGGGGUCUUAUUCGGGGAUUGUGUAUCUGGUUAUCGCGUGUGGGGCGCUCUUCGUGGGCGUGCAGGUCAUGUUUGAGAUUCGGCAGGAAGAGGCCCGCGCCGGGAUUCAUUUGAAGUUUUGAUAGAUCCAGAUCCGGGUGUAUACAGUGCAUAGUUUUUACUACCGGGCUUCGGUGGUGGAAUUAGAAAGAAACAUGCUAUGCUAUGCUAUUGAUU